AUGACAAUGCACAAUUUCACGCAAACCGAGCCCGUCAACCCCACCAUCGACAGCGCCGCAAUGUUGACGCUGAAUGUGGCAAUGCUUUUGGAGGUUGCGAUCGUCCCACUGCUCAUCCACCUGGUCGUGCAUCACUCCAGCCACAUUCAGCACUACAAGUACUUUCUGCUGAACAACAUUGGCUGGUGUUUCCUGCUGACCACGACGUUGUGGGCGAGCAAGAUCCACUUCCAUUUCCCGGCGCCCUGUGUGCACUUUGAGCCGGUGUUCAGCACCGACUACUUCAACAGCACCGUGUAUUUGUAUGUGUUCAUCAUUGGGGUGGUGAAUGUGCUGGCCAGCAUGGCGUGCACGAUCAUUUAUCGACUGAGUCAUGUGAGUUAGGGGGUUUAGAUCAACUCUUUGUCCGAGGGGUAUGGUGGCCGGGGCGGGCCAAAAAAUUGACUUGAUUGGAGGGCCCUGAAAAAUUGGGCUUGUUAUCAGUCUGUCGGGAAAAUAAUGUACACAGUGGGGGACCUGAUCGAGUGGCAAAAAAGUAUCAAUUUGCGUCGGGGAAGUAUCAAAAAUGCGGCAAAAUGCCUCCCUCUCCAAGCGAAAAAACUCCGAUUUCAAAUGCGCGCCCUUUCUUUUUGAGCCGCGUCCUUCAAAACGAAGUUUUUUUCACUUGGAGAGGGAAGCAUUUUGCCACAUUUUCGAUACUUCCCGGAUGCAUCAAAAAAUGUAGGAAAAGGACUCCUUCUUCAACUAAAAAAGACUCAUAAAAAAACUCCAUUUUGAAGGGCUCCUUUCCCACGGCAAAAAUAGCGGGCGCGAUUUUGAAAUUGGAGUUUUCUCACUUGGAGAGCGAGGUAUUUUGCCACAUUUUUUGAUACUUCCCGGAUGCAAAAUGGUACUUUUUUGCCACUGGAUGAGGUCCGCCACUGUAUCUCGCUAAUUUGCUGGCUAAUUCCAAUUGUUGACGUAUUAAGGUAGACUAGCGGACCUGUCCGUGUCGGCCUGUGUUGUCGUGUUACCGAUUACUUUUAUACUUUUAUAAUGGCUCUUUGCGAGACCUUUAUUUAUGGCCAAGGUUUAUUUCCCCGCACAGACAGGCUGUUCUUUGCAAUAAGCCCUAUAAGAGGUAGGGUAAUUGGCUUGCUCAGAAUUGGCCGGCUGUUUCGGCUAAUUUAUGGAGCACGCUCUGUGACUUGUAGCUUGCGAAACUACUCCAAGAAAAGAGUGACAAAUAUGACGAGAAUACCUAAUUUGGACAAAAAAAAAUUCUGGUCUAUGAGGCUUUUUUAUUUUGCAAGCGAUGCUAAAUACUACAUAAAGUGCGUAGACUUUUCGGGUCAUCACCAAAUCGACCAAUACGGAUCGUAGGGCUGUUGGAUGCCCGAAAAAAAUAGUAUGAAGUGCUCACGAGGCCUGGUGAAGCCGUUGGAUGGUCGGCGAAGGCUCGGCGGAGGCUCGGCGGAGACUUGGCGAAGGCUCGGCGGAGCCUUGCCUUUUUGCUCAAGUUUUUUUCAAUUCAAGAGCUUUGUUUGUAGCUGAAGUACACCCUGAAAUCUUGACAAGCCAUAAAAUAUCAAAUUGAAUUUUUACUACACCUUUUAAGGCAUUAAAAUGGUAAUUCCAAUCUGAAAAAGGGGCAAUUUUGUGGAUAUGCUGAGUCAAAAAAAAUUUCCGAUUUUUUUGAUAUAUGUAUGUCUCGGUCUGUAACUCCAUACCCCAUAAAUCAAAUUAACAAAAUUCAAACAGCUCCAAAAAAUGUCCAAAAUCGAGGUCUUUCUGUUUGACAUACAAAAAAACCAUGUUAAAUAAUCGAUAUGGACAUGGAAAUCAAAGUAUUAUACUAGGCCAAAAGAGCACGGACAAUUUAAUGGUAAAAGAAUGAUUCGGCUACAUCUAAACAUUUUCGCGCCAGAACCCAUGAAAAAAAAGUUUCUGUUUUUUCUGGCCACCCUGUACUUCCCAUUUUUAAAAGCCCAUUUUCAGGCGCAGAACUCGCGAAACGCCCGAUUCUUCGAGAGCAGAAAGCACGCUUACAUUGCGUUCGCCGUCUUCCAAUUAUGUUCCUCGCUCACGUUCAUGGGUCUACUGCGAGCCAUUCAAAUCACCGACCCUGUGGAAGCCCGUGAAGAGCUGUUCCUACGACUCCCGUAUUUGGCCGAGAUGCCGUAUCCAUUCAUCUGCGUCCGCAGCGGUUUCAUCGCCAUCCUCAUCAGUUUCGGCGCCGCCGUCAUGUUGGUCGUGAUUGCGGUGAUCGGCACAGUGAUGCUGGCCGUUUUGUAUUACAAAUUGAAGGCCAAUCGAGCGGCAUUGACCGAGCGUACCGCUCGACUUCAGUUCAUGCUGUUUUACGCGCUGACCAUUCAGAUUGUCAAUUACUACGUGCUGGAGCUGUUCCCGAUGAUCUUCGAUUGUGUUGGGCUGACUUUUGGGUAAGAAUUAUGCGACUACGCCUUUUCAAAAGUGCCUAGUCUUUUAAUACUGGGGUAGUAGUCUUCCAGGAAGUGCCUAGACUUUUUUUGGCCGCACCGUGCAAAAAACCCCUUUUUGCGGGGUGCAUUUUGACCGUUUGCACCGUGGAUUAUCGCCGCGACGCAAGCUUUUCUCAACCAAAUUGGCGCGAAUUUUGGGUACGCCAAAAGAAUUGCACAUGGCGAAAUGUCUCGAAAAGGAUAGCGUCGCGCAAAAUGUACUGUGCGGUGCGAAAAAAGGCCAAAAAAGUCUACGCACUUUUGAAAAAGAGUAAUAUUUAUUUUCGUAAAGUGCAUAGAAAUAUUUUCGUUUUCGCACAGAUCAUUUUGAACGCUUUCCCACGCUUAUCGCCAACGCACGGUGCAUUUUCUGUUUGCGCACCGUGCAAACCACAAAAAGGUCGUCUGCACUGUGCAAAACCAGAAAAAAGUGAAUGCACGGUGCAAAAAUGGGGGAUUGUUGUGUACGGUGCGGCCGCGACAAAAAACCGUUUGCACUCUGCAAAUUCUUCGGCAAACCCAGCGGCGACACAGUUGAAAAUAGCUUACGUCGAAGCGACAUUUCGAUGCACAGUGCAAAAUUGGAAAAUGUGAAAUGCACGGUGCAAGACGGAGGUUUUUUUUUCACGCUGCGGAGCGCGAUAAAUGUCCAUGCACUUGAUGAAAAUGCAAAUUUCUUGGCAACCGCUGCAAAAUACAAACUAAGAUUUUCAUCAGUUGAUACUUAUGUCGGCGUGUGUGCAAAAUUUUAAGAAAAUCUGGGAUUUGCGCUUAAAUUACUUCACUACAUUUUCUGUUACGUGCGUCGGCGCGGUUUGCGUGCGUUUGCCAUAAAGACGAAAAAUGUCAACGCACUUUUGAGAAAGCAGUGAUAUUUUCAUUCUUCUGUUAGCAUUUUCAAAAACUGCAUGGGCUUUUUUUCAAGGUCCACAACUGUCACAACAAACCUAGUUUUUUCACCGAGCAUUUCACGUUUCUUUUGUUUUUCAGUUACGCCCACGGCGAAGCAACAAUGUUGAUCGUUGAAGCUCUAAUCUCCAUUCACAGUAUUGUCGAUUAUUUGUGCAUCAUCUUCUUCAUCACCCCGUACCGACGAGCGGUGGGGAAGAUGUGCCGGAGAAUGGUUGGAAUGCAGAUCAAUCCGCGACGUCCCUCUAUGUUCUCCUCCGAGACAGUCGAGAUCAAAAAAGAGGACAUGCGACGGGGUUCGACUUACGCGAAGAUGGGAAAUUUUUGA